AUGUCAGACUACUCCCCCACUACUAGCGAGAAGCUGAAGCACUUGGAAAACCACUCCAUUGUUUCAAAGAGCGGUGCUGGCCAUUGGGAUUUGCAGGAUUGUGUUAUGACGUUUCUAGUCGAGUGCGACCGCUGCGUUGACGCUCCGGACAUCAGCAGCUGCGAGGGACACGAUAUGCCUUGUGACGAUUGCAAGGCCUCCAACGAGGGAGGCUGCACCCUCUACGGUGUACGGAUGGAUGGAAUCCUACAGGUCAAUGGCGUCGGCGCGGUCGCGUUUUUUGAUGGUGACACCUUCUCCCUCGUCAAGGACAUGAAAAAUUCGACUCGAGCGGUCGCCGAAGGGCUGGUCGACUUCGCACUGUCACACAUGCACGCAGGCGAUUGGCACCCCAUCAAGGCCGGCCGUUUCAAAUGUCCGUUCGAAACGGUGCCGUUGACUUUCGAGUUUCCACGCGAACACGCUCGGAUGGUGGCAGCACGCGCAAUCUUCGACCACCCCUGGCAUACAACGCACGUCGGGUGCAAGCAGGAAGACUUUGAAGAUGUCAGCCUUCCUCGAAGACGGGUCCCCAGCCCAUACAAUCGCCCUUCUCGAGACAUUCGCCCUGGCUUUAUCAUGGCCUUCAUGGUGGAUACAGUGCUGGAGGAAUUGUCAGACUCAGAGUCACCACCCUGGCAGCAGUCCCGGGCGGCUCGUAAGCGGGUCCGGUCCGGCAGCGCAUUGCCAGAGGCGCCCUCGGCGAAGAAGGGAUGCAAUCAGCCGUCCGUCCUGUCAACAACACCGAAGCAGCAGCGCGCGGCGACCCGUGCCUCCACCCGUUCGCGCCAAUCGCCCAGCAACACGCUGCCAUCCUCAGAGGCGCUGACCCAAGCGCUGCAGCAGUGGGAUGCAGCCCGGAAAUCGGUGAUGAGCUUGGGAUGUAUGGUGAGAGCUGCACUCGAUGCUGCUGGCAUUCGAGGUGGUGCGCUCCAGGCAGUGGAUGGGCUGGCUGGGUUUGGAGGUCGUGAAGAUGUGUUGGCUUACUUUCGUGAUGGGCAAGAAGGCUUGGCGGACGCGCUUAGGCUUCCGAAUGCGAGCUCUGAGGGGGACACUGAGUGCGAGGAUUAG